UGUGUCUUUUUCGGCCAAUCACAGCACCGCUGACCUAAUCGUUGUCUCACCAGAACCACUAUCCGCUAGCUAGUUUAGCAUCAGUCUGGAUCGAGAAGCUAACCUACUAUCUACUCUCUUUGGUUAUGUAUUUCGCUUGAAUUUACUGAAGUUACCAGUCGUCCAAGUGACUACAUUGAAGAUGCAGUUCAUGCUGUUAUUCAGCCGGCAGGGAAAGCUGCGGUUACAGAAAUGGUAUGUGCCUCUGUCUGACAAGGAGAGGAAGAAGAUCUCCAGAGACCUGGUCCAGACCAUACUGGCCAGGAAGCCCAAGAUGUGCAGCUUCUUGGAGUGGAGGGACCUCAAGAUUGUGUACAAGAGAUAUGCAAGCCUGUAUUUCUGCUGUGCAGUCGAGGAUCAGGAUAAUGAGCUGAUCACCCUGGAGAUCAUCCAUAGAUACGUGGAGCUGCUUGACAAAUAUUUUGGCAGUGUGUGCGAGUUGGAUAUUAUCUUCAACUUUGAGAAGGCCUACUUUAUUCUGGAUGAGUUCCUGCUGGGCGGAGAGGCCCAGGAGACGUCCAAGAAGAACGUGCUGAAAGCCAUCGAGCAAGCUGACCUGCUGCAGGAGGUACGCACAGUUCUUCACCAACAGAUUUGCCAAACUUACCAUAGUGUCAGGUAAACAGUAACUGUCAAUUAACCUGCCAAUGAUUUUCUGAAUUAUUGGAUUAAGUGUUUGGUCUGUAAAAUGUCAAACAAUUGGGGAAAUUGCCCAUCUCAAGUUUCCAGAGCCCAGGGUGAUGUAUGAAAAUAACUGUUAGUCUUGGCCAACAGUCCAAACCCCCAAAUAUAUUGACUUUACUGCCAUUUAAGACAAAGAAACAGCUAAUCUUGACAUCGGAGAAGCUGGAACCAGCAAAUUUAUGGCAUAUUUAAAUGAUUCAUCGAUUAUCAAAACAGAUACAUUUUCUGUUGAUCGAGUAAUUGUUGCAGCUCUAACUUUGAGAAGGAAAUUUCACUCCGCGAUGCUAAUGUUAAAGCAGAGAGAAGGCAGGAUCUAAGAUGUUGGUGUGUUGCUUUUUUCACCUUGCGGCCCUUCACAUCUGACGUCACUUGUUUAUUUAAAGCCUGCAGCGCUUGAUUAAUACCUCUCUCCCUUGUGCCAGUGCGCUAAGGCAAGUGCUGUCCUGCACGUUUGCAUUUCUGUCUAGCUGUGGUCGCUUGUAGUCAACACAAUCACUGAUUUAUUUUUAGCAAAGCAUGCAGUGCUGUUGUUAUAACAGCACGGCUGACUGUGCAGGCUUGUAAAAGCUUUAACUCACUGGAGGCCUCCUGUUCCCGUCUCACAUUUAGUAACUUUAUGACUCAUGUACUAUCUAUUAUAAUUUGGAGGGGAACUUUGCGCCACAC